AUGGCGGUGACAAGAUCGCAGACACGAGCCUUGUGCAACAAGCCCGUUGCGAACCUUGCUCAGCUGCCCAUCGAGAUGCUCGAGCGCAUUCUUUGCGAGGCUCUUCCAGAGAUCGUGGAGUUCCAUGUUUGCGAAAGCCGACAAUGGCUAGGUCGUCGGAGCUAUAGCGUCAUGUGGGAGCCGAAUUGGGUGAUCGGGCUUCUCGUCGUCUGCAAAUCGGUCAGCGGAAUGGCCAAGAUGGUCAUCCGAGAGCGGGAAGUGAUAACGAUGUGCGGUUGGCAGGGCAUCAUAGGUGGUCGAUUCGUCACACGUGAGGCCUUCGAAAGCUCAUGGAUUGGGCAGGCUCUAAAGAGGAAAUCGGACAACUGUGAGGGUGAGACGGAUGGUUCUGAGCAGUGA